AUGGAACCAUCGUCGCCCGAUGCCGACGCGCAGCAGACGCGCUCCUCCCCCGCCGACAACAACGAGACCAGCGCGGCCACGCGCCGCAAGUCUGGACGGGUGACCAGGAAGCCCGAGACCAUCUACUCAUCCGCAGCGACGCCCGCGACGAAACGCAAACGUGGCGCCGACCGCGAGGCCGAUGCGAGCGACGAUGACGAUAUCGAAGACGAGGAUGACGAGGAUGAGGACGAGAGUAGCGAGGGCGACGCCGAUGACGAGGAGUUGCGCGACAAGCGGCGCAAGAAGAAGCGCCAGUCCGCCGCCAAGGCGAAGUCGACGCCUCAGAGGAAGCCGGCCACGAAGAAGAGCAAGCCCAAUGGCGACACGAUGAGCUUGGCCAUACGACCGGCGACGAAGGCGAAGAAGCCGCGCAAGCCUCGUCCGAGCAAGGUGGCGGCUGCAGGAGAGGUUGGAGGACUUUACGGUGACGUGUUUGCCGGCAACCAGAGCCUAAACGAUGUCGCAGCGCAGUGGGUCCGGAGGUUCGGUGAGGACAAUUCAGAAGAGAUGGCCGCGCUGGUCAAUUUCGUUCUCAGAUGUGCAGGCUGCGACCUGAAGAUCGAUGCGCACGAUGUUGAGAACCCCGAUGGCGUGCCAGGCAAGCUUGGAGACAUACAAGAGGAGUAUCAAGCACAAAACAUCGUUGAAUAUCCAUUGAUCCAGAAGGGCAAAGGCUCAGCGAACUUCCGUCACAACCUGAUCGAAUUCUUCACAUCCCUCAUCGAGACCCUUGCCCAGUCAGAACUCCUCUGGACCAAUCCCAUCAUCGUUGAAAACAUCGGUCUAUGGAUCAACACUAUGUCUUCAGCCAACAGCCGUCCAUUCCGCCACACCGCAACUCUUGUAUCAGUAACCAUCAGCAGCGCACUAUGUAUGGUUGGAGCUAAGCUCAUCGAGGCCAAUGCAAACGCUAUGAUGUUGAAAGAAACAGAAGCGAAGAAGUCCGGCAAGAACAAAGCGCGGUUGGCGGAGAUGGAAAAGAAGAUUGAGGCGGGCAAUGAAAGAGUGGAGGCCCUGAACGGCAUGAUUAAGAACUCAUUUGAUGAAGUGUUCAUUCACAGAUACCGCGACGUGGAUCCCAGGAUACGAACCGAAUGCGUCACCGGUCUCGGCAAUUGGAUAAUGAACUAUCCCGACUAUUACUUCGACGGCCAGCACCUUAGAUAUCUCGGAUGGGUUCUGUCCGAUGUGCACGCACCAAACAGGCUGGAGGUUGUGAAGCAGCUGCAGAGAUUAUUUGAUGAUGCAGACAAGCUUGGCGGUUUGAGGACGUUCACGGAGAGGUUCCGCUCCAGGCUGGUGGAGAUGGCAACACAAGAUGCGGACGCCCAUGUUCGCGCUGCGACUGUGGAACUUCUCGACAUACUCCGUGAGGCUGGCCUGAUUGAACCUAACGACAUCGACUCUGUGGGGAGACUCAUCUUCGAUGCUGAUCCCCGCGUGCGAAAAGCUGUCGUCGACUUCUUCGCGGAAAAUAUCGCUGAGAUCACUGAACAAAAGAUCGAUGAGCUCGGUGGAAAGGAAGCAUUGGAUGAAGCUCUGGAAGGAGACGAAGAUUACGAAAAUCCUAGGCUGGAGUGGCUCGUGCUCAAGUCUCUGGUGGAAUCGUUAGCGGCGUACGAUGAAGAUCAUACCCUUCCCAGUCAAAUCGAGCGGGUGCCCAUGUCGAAUAGCUAUAUGCUUAUUGCGGGCGGCAUGGCAUCGCGGAUCGGUGUGGCUGCGGAGGCGCUGUACGACGAACUUCCCGAGAUCCAGGAAUGGGAAGUGAUAGCCGGCUACCUUCUCUUCGACCACUCGCAAUCCUCGGCAGGCGCUCAGCAGAACGGUACAACGGACGAUCCUGAGGCUUUGCUGAAGCAAGUGUGCAAACUCAACGAAAAAGAGGAAACUGUUCUCCUGGAUAUUCUUAACGCUUCCGUAAAACUGAAGCUCACUCGCGCCGUAGAAGCCGGCAAGGACAAGAAGAAGACCAAGCGCGAAAGGCAAGAAUUGGAAGAAGAACAAGAUACUGCCGCUCGACAUCUUGCCGCCCUCAUUCCUCGCCUUCUGAACAAAUUCGGCGCCGUGCCUGAUGCCGCCUCUGCAGUAUUACGCCUGGAGCAUGUUCUGAACUUAGAUGUAUUCGAGGAGCUCCGUCAAGACUCGACUACCUACUCAAGAUUGUUGGACGAUAUCAACAAACAAUUCAUGAGCCAUGGCAGUGAGGCUGUGCUUGUAGAAGCCAGUCGCGCGUUGCUACAUGCUAAGAGCUACGAGGAACUAAGCGAAAUCACGGAAGGCAAGGUGCAAGCUCUCUGGGAAGACACUGUUGCGGCGCUGCAUGCUCUCAAGAAGGGCAAGGGGUUGAUGACUCGUGGAAAUCUCAGUGCAAAUGUGCUGUCCGCUGUCUCGAAUACGGUGCUUCGUAUCUCAAAACUGGCCAGCAUUUCCGAUUGUACCGAGCAAUUGGAAGCGCCUCCUCCGGUGGUCGCACCGAAGAAGCAGAGAAGCAGGAAGAGUCAAGAUGCAAACCCGGCUGAGAACGCCAUCGUUAUCCUCAUCGAGUUGCUUCGCCGUGGUGUCCCCAACUCUUCUACAGACACGUCGCUUUCAGCACUGGAGGACGCCGUGGUUACCAAUUCUGCUCGCUCCCUUUUGUUCUAUUUCAUGUGGAAGGUCCGCUCAUGGGAUCGUUCAAUCCUCACAACCGGCACCGUGCCACCCAAAGAUGUUGAGGCGAUUGCAGAACGCCGCGACGGCUGCGUCGCUGCGCUCGAGGAAGUCAUCCGCAAGCGCCAGGGUGCCGAUGAACUGCGCCUGGCAGCUGCAGGCGUGCUGCUGGACCUUUGCACGCUUUUCACCACGCUCCGCGACGCGCAAGCCAAGCGUGACGCGAAGCGCCUCCGCACGGCCAACGGCGACGCCGCUGCCGGGGGCAUGGAUGUGGACGAAGACGAAUCCCGGGACGACUUCAUGGCCCUCCUUCUGGGCCUCAACAAGGACACGCAGAAGUCGCUGCUUCAGCUCCUCGCUGCCACAGAGAAGCACUUCGCCAAGAAAUCGCGCCGCAACAUCGACGUCGCGGAAGAUGACGAUCCCAUCGACGUUGACGACGAUCCGGAGAGCUCGGACGAGGAAGACGACGCCGCCGACGAGGAGGGCGCCGAGGGCGCGAGUGCGCAGGAGAUCCUGCUCGCGGAGCAGCGCCUGUGCGAGCUCGCGUCCAAGCUCGUCCUCGCCAUCCUCGGCGGCGUGGUCGACGGCUCCAGCGACGACGACGAGGAAGACGAGGAAGAGGCGGCGGAUAGAGACGACGGCCCCGGCCCGGUGCGCAGGCGCCUCGAGCGGAACAGGAACAAGCUCGGCCCCAACUUCAAGGAGGUGGUGGCGUACCUGGAUGUCGGGACGGAGAAGGGACCGAAGAAGGGGAAGGGCGGCGGCGCCGCGGCGAGGGCGAAGAAUAGAAGCGUCAGCGCACCGGCCCCGAACCAGCAGAAGAGCGCCGCUGCUAGCGGCGGCGGCAAGAAGAGCGAGAAGAGCAAUGAGUUCGUCGGAGAGGAGACGGACGAGGAAGAUGAGGAGGAGCACCACGAUGAGGAAGAAGAGUUGAGGAGGGAAGGCCUCGUCGAAAACCCAGACCAGGAGAUGGAGGAUGAGGGUGCGGCGGGAGAGGAAGGCGAUGGUGCUAAUGCCGGGGCGCAGGAGGCGGAUGAAGAGAGCGUGAUUGGUGAUUGA